GUAUUCCACUAGCACAUAGUUCCGAUGUGCGCAUUGCACAGGAAAACACAAGAAUGAGUAAAUGUUUGUGGGGAUUAUACACUUUCCACGUCUUUUUUGUGUGUAUAUAACGUUGCACUUUCCACACCAAUCAAAUGACAAAAAGACAAUACAGGUAGUCAUCGUUUCCUUUUCUUUUAAGGAUUGGUGUUAGUAGGGAAGGAAAAAGGAGUGACCCUUGUAUCCAUGGAAACAAUACGUGUAAUUUAUUUAUCUAGCAAGAUUACUUUGCCAAUGAACCACAGCAUACUACGAUAUACCAGAACAAUGCAGUCAAUUGAAGAAAAUGCUGUAUUUCACUAUGCUUUGACUGGAGACAUCGAAGGUCUACAAAAACAUUUGGAAAACGAGUGCCUUUCUGGCAAUGAAGAGCCACCAGAGGAUUUGUUCUGGGAAAAGGAUGAACUGGGUAGAAAUGCACUUUUCAUUGCAUGUAUGCUGGGAAGAAGCACCACCGUGCGGGAACUUUUGAAGCAUGGAGCUCAUGUUAACGAGUGUACAGCAAGAGGUUAUUCCCCACUGCAUUGUGCAGCCCUCUGGGGCCAGCUUGAGACAGUGAAAACUUUGGUGGAACUUGGUGCCAACAUGCAGGCGAAGAACUUCCGCAGGGAGAGAGCCAUGGAAGUUGCCUCCCGUUAUUCUAAAAUGGAUUGUGCAGAAUAUCUUACUUGGGCAGAGGCUAAGCAGGACUUGCAGUCCUACAUAACACAUGUGAGAGACACCAUUGCUGACCCAGAGAAGGUUCAAGGGAAACUCAACAAGGAGGAUAAGAUCAUAUGUACAAACACCUGCUCAGUAAAGUCGGAUUGGAUCCAGAAUGCCAAGAACCCAUCUAUCCAAGACUUCAUUGAGCAGAGGAGACAUCUUGAGGACAUUAUUAUCCCCAUUCUGUCCAAGCUCACGACUCAACCUGAAGUCACAGCUAAAGCAAGCAAAAACUGAAGAUAAACAAUGUGUCACAAUCAAAUAUGGGUCCAGAGAAGGUCUAAAAUGGUUAAACUGACCAAAGUGGAAUUUGUCGACCAUUGCAUGUACUAUCAAAAUAUUUUAAAUAAUAAAAUAUCAGAACCACCAUAA